CCUCAUUCAACCGGUUCGGUUCGGGUCGGGUGGGCGGUGGCGGUAGCAUCAGCUCGAGCGAGGAAGAGGAGGGGAGGCGAUGGAAGCGAAGGCGGAAGCUCCGCUUCUGGAGGUGGCCGCCUCGGCCGGUGGUCGUAGCAGCGGCCGGGCAACGGCAGCGCAGACGCUGGGGAACAUCGUGGUGUCGAUCGUGGGGACGGGGGUGCUGGGCCUGCCUUACGCCUUUCGUGUCGCGGGUUGGCUCGCGGGCUCCCUCGGCGUCGCGGCCGCCGGCGUCUCCACCUACUACUGCAUGCUCCUCAUCGUGCAAUGCAGAAAAAGAUUAUCGGAGGAGGAAGAAGAAGAAGAAGAAGAAGAAGAAGAAGAAGAAGAAGAAGAGAAGGCAAAUGAGUUGUUGCAUUUACAAACUUAUGGGGAUUUGGGUGGGAAAGCCUUUGGGUCCAUCGGUCGCUACAUGACUGAACUUCUUAUUCUUGCUGCCCAAACUGGGGGUUCUAUAGCUUACUUAGUCUUCAUUGGUCAGAAUCUCUCAUCUAUCUUCACAUCAAUCAAAACCAAGGAACAACACAUAAACCCGGCUGUCUUUAUUUUCCUCCUUUUGCUUCCCCUUGAAAUUGCUCUUUCUUUUAUUCGGUCUCUUCCUUCCCUUGCCCCUUUCAGUGCUUUUGCUGAUUUGUGCAACAUUCUUGCAAUGGCCAUUGUCAUCAAAGAGGACCUUCAAAUCUUUGACAAUUCCAGGAACAGGAGUGCUUUUAAUGGGGCUUGGGGACUACCAUUUGCAGGAGGAAUGGCAGUGUUCUGUUUUGAAGGCUUCAGCAUGACAUUAGCAUUAGAGGCAUCCAUGGCUGAGAGGCGAAAAUUUCCCUGGGUGCUCUUGCAGGCAUUCAUUGGGAUUACUGUUGCCUAUGUUUGUUUUGGGUUAUUUGGUUAUCUAGCAUAUGGAAAUGAGACCAAAGACAUAAUAACACUUAAUCUUCCGAACAAUUGGUCUGCUAUUGCGGUAAAGGCGGGGCUCUGCAUAGCUCUAGCAUUCACAUUUCCAAUCAUGAUGCAUCCGAUCAAUGAGAUCAUCGAGACAAGGCUGAAGUCAAGUCGAUGGUUUCAGAAGCUUAUUAACACUUUCCGAUGUGCAGAGUGGUUAGGCUUGCACGGGAGCCGCAUACUUGUGUUGGUGGUGCUGUCUAUGUUGGCUUCUUUUGUCCCAGGCUUUGGAAACUUCGUCUCUUUCGUGGGAAGCACUGUUUGUGCACUGCUCUCCUUUGUUUUGCCAGCCAUGUUUCACCUCACUAUUCUUGGUUCUGAAUUGAGAUCUUGGCAGAGAAUUUUGGAUUAUUGCAUAAUUCUUAUUGGUCUGGCUUUUGCUGGGUAUGGAACGUUUAACACCAUCUCAGGCCACUCAUCCAAUUGACAUUUUGGCAAAGGAAUCGCAGGACAGUUCCAUCUUGGCCCAGUAUGUAUGUUGGUGCCUAGAGUCACUAGUCUUGUGUUAAGAGUGCCAGCUGAAGUGGGUGAACAUGCAUUGUGACUAUUCUCCCAUGCAAAAGAACGGUAGCCUUCAUUGAUGAUCAUCCUUUAAAUUUGAUGUACUUCUUAAUGGACAUAUAAAUUAGUAUUUUCAUAAAAUUUAUUGUAUAGGAAGCUGAAUUAUUAUUCGGGCCAUAAAUAUAUUAGAAAUGUGGCUCUUCAAACAAAACCA